AUGGGCCGUGAACAGCAGAAAAAGAAAGCCCGCUCAUCCAUUUCGAAGUCUCGUCCGAAGAACUCCAAGCGCACCAAGACCGGCCGCGUCAAGGUCAACUUCGGCAACAAUGAGCUGUUGUCCAAGAACUGGGACCGCAAAGAAACCCUCUCACAGAACUACGCUCGCCUUGGCCUGUCCUCGCGGCUCGUAGCACCAUCCGGUGGCGUCGAAAGGCACAGCCAACGGAAAGCAAAGAGCUUCGCAGACACAGACACGCUAGCCAUCCCUUCUGCGAGAGAUACGGGCAGGCUCAAACCGCAGGAGGUGCGGGUCGAGCGAGAUGCGGAAGGCAAUAUUGUAAAGGUUGUUAGACCCGAGAGCGAGGAGGAAGGCGUCUUCAAUCCGUUGAACGAUCCGCUGAACGAGAUUGAAGCGGUCCAGCCUGCGAGGACGCGUAGUGAAGCCAAGGUGGGCAUCGUGGAGGAGCUGGAGCGCCAGGCUGCGAAGGAAGCCGAACAAUUAGAGGCAAAGAGACGGCCGAGACAGCAGAGUUCGAGAGAGGAGGAGUGGAUUGCCAAAUUGGUCGAGAAGCAUGGAGAUGACAUCUCGGCUAUGGUUCGCGACAAGAAGCUGAACCCUAUGCAACAGACUCAGGGCGACAUUGGGAGACGGGUCAAGAAAUGGAGAGCGAAGCAUCAAGCUGCUGCUUGA